AUGAUGUAUCAACAGUUGUCAUUAGUUGGAUCGUUAAAAGAUGCUGAAAUUAAAAUAACGCUGCAUACAUUGGCUGCCCUUUCGGGGAUGAAACCAACACGUAUAUUUAACCACCAUCUGGUGUGGAUUCCUACUUACCCUUUUAAUCCAGUGCUGGCAGCUGGUGAAGUUAACCAGAUCGAACAGUACCGAAUUACAUGUGACACAAGCUUGGUAGACCCAGCAAGUGAAGAUGAAUAUCUUCCGCCAGCAGGAUUUAAAGAAAACAAAGACUUCUUGCAGACAAUGCCCUGGAAAAUGAUCAUAUCAGAAGUACCAGAAGCUGGUAAGCGGCAGGUGACCUCACAAUCUAUUCUCGAAUCUGCGAUAGUAGAAGGCAGUCCAUUUGAAUUUAUGGAGAAAAUGGGAUAUAAAUUUUCUCACGAGUACUGGAGUAAAGGAUCUGAAUUUGUUUUUGGCAAUAUUGUUGUCAGGAUAUUCCGAAUUUGCGUCAAGGACCAGAUCACAGCUCCAACCACAGAAGAUCAGAACUUGGCAGAUACAACGGAGGGAUCUGGUACGGCAGAUAAUGCUAUGGUGAUUGAUGAUGAUUCUUUCGGAGAUAAAAUUACUGCGGAAACGGCGCUUGCUAGCCAAAAGGCUGCCUACCAGCCUCUAAAACUCCUGGAUAAGUCUGGCCAAUGGUCUAUCAAAGCAUUUCUUUCUGUAAAACAGCUGACAGAUUUGGAAAGUAUUAUCACUGGAACAGCACAACUGGAGAAGUUUCAGGCAGAAAUGGCGGGCCUUUUCGAAUUGAAAAUGGCUGACAGGAAUAGCUAUGAUACCCGCUUACGUGCUAAUAGAUAG